AUGAAGCUUCCAGCAGCGGCAAUCGCUGCCGCGUGCCUUGUGCGUCUCGUCCUGAUUUCACGAGCUUUUGAUGAGGCUUGUGAGGAAGACAGCUUGCUCCAAACUUGGCAAGAAGGAAGUGCCAGCCAUGGACACAUCGCCGUUGUCCAACUCAAGGAUGACGCCCUUUGCAAAGGACGUGCUGCGAAGCCAGACUAUCAGUGCUUUUCUCAUGUCAUCCUCCCAGAGCCAAGGGAGGCUGAAUACGGCUACUGCCUCGAUGGAGAGUACCAUUUUUGUGGCGACAACCCGUCCUCAUGCGAUUCCACUCGGAGGCCUCCGCGCGUGGGUUAA